GCUGUUAUUAUUGCACACAAAGCAACACACACACACACAUAUACACACACAUACACGCACACACACACAGGCGUGAGUGUGAUCUCCCACGCUACGCGUACUGUCUUACUGUGAGCAGAGGAAUCUCUUCUUCCACUCAGGGACGCCUUGGCAGCCCGCUGCGUGCGUCGCGUUUUAGACUGUGAUCCACGGUGCCCUCUCCCUUGUCCUUGCACGCGUUUCAUUGCGGUGUUGUUGACAUUUCCUGUUUCGCUCGUGGACACGCCCAGACCAAGCCAGCAAGCAUCCCCCUUGGCCCGUCUUCUCUUCUCGGAUGGAGGUGGCAUGAGCACAUGGACAAUGGCGUGGCGGCGACGCGAUGCGGCGCUGCUGGUCGCGGUUCUUGUGUGUGCCUGGAGCUGCCCCUCCCUCGGUGAACUGGAUGGCCUGUACUACGCCUGCUACGACACAAGCGCGGCUGGUUGCGUUUACCAAGGCUGUGUGUCCUUCAACAAUGGCUCCGAGUGCCGCAUUGCCGGGGAUUCCGCUUCCUUCAAGCUAACCAAAGAGGAGAACGACGAUUUCAGGCUGUUCGUGUACGGCACCAUGGAUUGUUCGGGCCCGGGCAUGGAGGCUGGGCCGCUCCUCACCCUCGACACAUGCGUGGACUACGCGGGAACGAUUGUGGCUCAGUUCUUUGGGUCACCUGGGCAGUUCACGCUGACUAUGCGCAACAGCACAUGCAUUGACUGCGAGGCCGAGUGCAACCCGACCACGUGCGUGACUGGUCUUGCGUGUAAGGACAGAGAUGGCUGUGGCGAGCUCAACGACUGGUCUGCAUGCGAGAACGGCACCGCAGGAUCCAAGUUCAGCAAUCGAAAGUAUUGCCCUCUAGGAUGGCACAUGUGUGGUGAUGGCUUCUGCACGGCUGACCCUGGGCUGUGUAUCGAGCGCGGCGGUCACAAUUACUCCAGCACCUCAUGCAGCGUCACAGCAAUCGACCGCGUUGUGCUGUGUGAUUUCCCCGCUCGCAGCAACUGCGAGUUUGACGCCGACACAACGCGAUGCCGCACGCUGUCAAUGCCAUCCUGCUUCAACCUGAGCCCAUACCAGCUGCGCAUCGCACCCAACGUGACUGCCCUUGCAGACGUGAACAGCGCCACUGAGUUCUCUGUCGGUUACUUCUCCGCACAGGCUGGCUGUGGCAUCACUCUCUACAGGGACUCCGACUACUUGAACCUCCCUGUCAGCGAGGGCGAGUGUCACCAGCCGCCAGACAUACCCCAUCUUGACACCGAGUUUACCCGCGAUGUUGCCAUAUUUAGAACGGAUGCGGACUGCGUGAAGGCAUGUGCUGAGGGCGGUAGCAAGUGCGACCACAGCUCUUGCCUUGACUUUCAGUCAGACACGUAUCCCGUCAGUGCAACGACAGACGACUGCAAAGACCUGCGUACGCAAGUCCUGUGCGACGGGAAGGAUGGCUGUGUUUGGAUUGGGGCCGACUGGCUCGGGUGUGUUGACUCCGUGAACGCAGUCAUGGGCCUGUCCUAUGAGGUCACGUGUCUCUUCAGCAAGCUUGAUCGGGAGGCGUGCGACAUAUUCGUGCAAUGCGAGUACGACGAGGAGAACAGCCGCUGCUUUGCACCAAACAUCAUUGAGGAUGCAGCAACUCGCACUUCACGGGACGUGCUCUGGCUGCAGUUCUCGGAUGAGACAAAAGCCGAUAGCGCCAUCGACUCUUUCAACCUGAUUGACUUGGGUCAAGAUGGGCGGGUUGUCACCACCAAUCGCAUGACAGAGUACAACUUUGACAGCAACGGCGUGGUUGGGCAAGCUUUGGGGUUCGAUGGCUGGAAUUGGAUCGACAUCUUGCCACCCCUUACAAACAGCACUGAGGUCAUGCCACCCCUCACAAACAGUGCAGAACUCUUCACGCAGGUCCAAUUCUUUGCCAAACCCGCCAUUGAGAUGAAUGCACCUGAGAGUGGCACCACAACUGAUUUGGCCAACGAGCCCAUUCUCCUCCAUCCGUCACAGAGCGACCUCCAACAGAAUCCAGAGGGAACGUUUGUCCUCGUGGCAGUGGGGCUGAAUGGCGUUGCCGUGUACGACUGGACACCUGCUCAGCACACGUUCAUCCGAAUUUUGCACGUGAACACGGCAAUCCAGGGGUGGACGUCAAUCACCGUCCAGAUCCUGCGCCAGAGGUCUGGUCAGAUUGUUGUGGAUGCAGAUAGGAACAAGAUGCACAGGGUCUCCAAUCUGCUUCCCUCACGAUCACGGCUCUUUCCGUUUUCACACAUCGGCGGCUCUCCAACGGGCCUGCUGGGAUCGUAUGUAGGUGGCCUCGAUGAGAUGAUUGUGUUUGUGCUGGACCAUGAGGCCACGACGCCGACACUGGAACAGAUGUUUCUCCUCACGCAACUCCAUCGCAACCUUCAAGUGGAUAUCCUGUGCUUCCUGUCAUACGAUGCCGAGACUGUGUUGCGCGUUGUUGCAAACACGGCCGUCAGCCUUGCACUUCCAACCAUGGCUGCAAAUCCAGAUGCAAUCGACGUGAACACUGACCAGCCCUUUGAGUAUGAGCUGCUUGGUGGCGAUUUUCCUACGGGCGCCAUCACGCUCGCAAAGAACGAUGACGGUGUCUCUGUCAUUGUAGCCAACUUUGCAGACACAGGAACGUACACAUUUGAGCUGACGGCGACUGGUGUCGACGACUCAAGUUGUGUGGCAAGCAACAAGUUUUCGGUUGAAGUUCUGCCCCCGUUGGCUGCGCAGGUCACAGGACUCGAGGUCCCAGUGCGCGCAACAACGCGCGCUUACAUGCGCAAGACCAUGGAACUGGAGGUGACGGGAGGAACGGGCGAGUACAGCGUCGAGCUCACCGAGCCGAGUAUGGACCUGUUCUUUGAGUACCACAAUGGCGAGGAGUCUGUGCUGUCUGGCGUGCCCUCUGAGCCCGCCGUCAUGAAUCUACAGCUGCGCGUUGUUGACAACGGCGUCAGCGCAGAGGACACGUUGGAAGUGCGCAUCACCAUCCCAAUUGAGAUUGCUCCGCCCCUUGUGCGGGAGGCAAAGCAAGAGCAGAUCACGGCAGCGUAUGACGUGUCUUUCCCGCUUCCGCUGGUCUCCGGGGGUGUGCCGUUGACUGGGAAUUCGUCUCUCCCUUACGCCAUUCUGUUUGAGAUUGACAAGCCGCAAACUCUGCAAGCGACCAUCAACGAUGAUGGCAAAACGUACACAGUGCUUGCGACAGAGGGUGGCAGUGGCAGCGUCAAUGUUGUCGUUCGGGACGUUGUUGGUGCCGAGCAGUACGAGCAGGUCGACUUUGACAUUGCGCCGCCGCUUCAAGUGGUGAAUGCGACCAGCGAUAUGAAAAUCAUCCAGGGUCGCGUCUCUGUUGCCAUUGAGCCCUGUGGCCCUUACAAGGUUGUUGGCGGCCGAGGCGACAUCUCCUUCAAACUCGAACCAAAGCCAAGCGGGUUGAAUGUGACCGUGGACAGUCCAAGGGCGGCCACAGUCGUGGGCACGCCAACAGAGGAGAUUUCCCAGGCGCAGACCUUCCAGCUCAUUGCAACGGAUGAAAACGAUGCCAGGAUCGUUGUGCACCAGUUUCAGAUCACAGCGGUCCCGCAGGCGUCGCGCUCGUGGGCUCAACGGCCAGAGGGUAUUGCCACCACCGUGAUUGUGUGCGUGUGCAUCUUCCUGCUGGCCGUCAUCUUCUAUCAAUUCCGCUAUGGCAAGACGCUGGAGGCGCACGACUUUGCGCCGGACGUGGCGAAGCUGAUGAGUGACGGUGUGAUCAAUGCAGCCAACGCAGCGGACAUUGUGUACCCGAAGGAGCUGAAGCGUGACGCCAUUCAGCGGGUGGAGGAGCUUGGCCGCGGCGAGUUUGGUGUUGUCGAGAAGGGCGUGUUCAAGAGCGAGACCGUCCCCAGCUACCCGGUCGCCGUCAAGGUGUUCCGGUCUGCGCCUGACAGGGACGCGGAGGCGGCAAAGAACGCUCUCUUGGCCGAAGCCCUCAUCAUGGCCCAGUUUGAGCACGAAAAUGUCAUGGCAAUUGUUGGCGUCGUGACCCGCUCUGAACCCGUCAUGGUCGUGCUGGCUUACUGCGAGCACGGGUCGCUCGAGAGCUUCUUGAAGAAGCGCCAAGGCUUUGACCGCCUCAUCAUGGCAUCCAGAUUCCACAUUGCAUGGGAAAUUGCAAAAGGUGCUGAGUAUCUGAUUAGCAAAGGGUUUGUGCAUCGGGAUCUUGCGGCGCGAAACGUGCUGGUGUCGAGCAACUACACCUGCUGCAUAUCCGACUUUGGCCUGGCACGGCAAAUGGAGUCGGCGCGCUAUGUGGCGAAGGAUGAUAUGAAGCGGCCGGUCCGAUGGCUGGCGCCCGAAGCAAUGGCAGAGCACGUGUACUCUGAGGCAUCUGACGUGUGGGCGUUUGGUAUCCUGCUGUACGAGAUCUUCACUGACGCAGACCUGCCCUACAAAGGGAUGACGCUGGCGGAAGUCAUCGAAUAUGUGCGCAAGGGCGGCAAGCUUGCCCGCCCGCCGGUCCUGACUGCGCAGCGGUAUGCGCAGUUGAUGCGCCCCUGCUUUGAGCUCAAGCCCGAGGAUCGGCCGACGUUUGCCACGCUCGUGCAACUCCUGGACAGUUGUCGUCGUGAGGAGCUCGACUUUAUGGAAGAGACACUGCAAGGCGAAGAUGCGCCAUCGAGCGUAUCCAAACUGGAUAACAUCCACACCAUCGAGGCUCGCUACACCAACAACAAAGAUAAAUACCGCGGGUCGACGAUGGGCCUGACCUCCGACGAGGCUGCGUCGAGCUCCCCGCUCCUCAGGAAGCCAGAAUCCUCUGCCAGUCUGCACGAGUACAUGGACCUGGCCAAGGUGUCUGAGGUGACAUCGGCUUCGCUCAGCACCAAGCCGUCGUCCCUGAGCCUGGGCAGGCUGAUGAUGGCGGAGCGGGAGAAGAGGGGCGCGUUGACAUCUAGUUUCAGCGGCAGCCGCAAUAGCCUGAUGAGUAACGCCAGCAGCUCCAUUGCAAGGCGGGGCCUGCUUUCCUCUGCGCUGGGCAAAACGGCGAGCUCGAGCACGAUUGACCAGUACAUGAACACGACGGGGCCCAAAGCGCCGCCGCGGCCAUCUGAGCAUUACCUGAACGAUGCGCACAUGGCCGCCAGCGUCGCCUCGUCGACCCGAAACGCAUCCGAGUACGUGGACUCGCUCAACUUUGUGGAGGCCGUGCACCACCACCGGCGACAGAAGUCUGACGAGAUCGACGAGACUUUGUUUGCGAGUGAAUACGACAACCUCGGACAGGAACAGCCAGAGGACGAUGACAGUGCAGGGGCUGAGAACGGCACCGAUGCUGCAAGCAGCGCUUCCAGUCUUGGCGGAGCUGACAAGGGCCAAGCGCACAACGUUGUACCGCAGCCUGAACCACAACAGCAAGCCACAAGGCCAACCAAUGACCAGUACAUCGAGUUGUAAUCACGUGUUGCUACUGCACUGCUGUCUUCGCUGCUUGAGCCGACCGCGCCACGGUCCAUGUCAAUUCGCGUUUGCUCCCAUUCCUAGCAACGCACCUUGUUCUUUUUGUUGUACAUCGCUGUUGCUUGUACGUGGCAGCCUUGUGUGGUUUGGCUCGUUGCAUCGUCGACCAUCGCAUCCUGGGCUUCUGUUUAUGUUUCGCCGUAUGUGUGUGAGAUUCAGGUUUUCUUCAUCAUUGGUUCACUACGCUCGACGGUCAUGUCUCAUGUAACUCUACUACUAUCUAUCUCUGUGUUGUUGCCCUUGUAUGCGCUGCGGUUGCUUGGUUUUACCCAGUGCUUAUGGUUGUCCAUCAAAAUACAGUGGAAUCGGUGUGAAAACCUGUGCCUGCGGCUCAUGCACACACGAUUGAGUGGCUGCCCUGGGUGAGAGCAUUUCUUUUGACUCAACAACAAGAGCC